AUAUCUCAAGGCUUUACUUUUCACCGGCAAGCGUACUAACGGGUAACCGGUAAUCCCUCGUCGAGACUUUAAAACGCGUCUUGCUAGUACUCUAAUUGCUUCUUAUACUGCCUGUUCUAAUCUGCGAGCUUCAGAAAAGUGUUUUUCCUAAAUAUCCUCUAUACGCAACGCGAUAUACGGUAUCUCGACGCGUCUAAAGACUGAACUUGAAGUCGUGGCUGAAUCCUACCCGAAAACAGUAAAUUCGGCCCUCACCUCUGUACAUCUGGCUUUAUAUAGGUGGAGAAUCUUUGUCUUCUGAUAUCCAGUUAUGCUCGGUCUCCGACGCGAUAUCCAACAAAGUGCGGCCUUCACGCCCCGUGCAUACCUAGAGGGACUCAAACUCCCAGCCAACUUCACGCUUCCGCCACUCUCUGCUGUGUAUGAAGAUGCAGUAAGAUUGCCAGAACUCAGGAAAAGCGGACCCCCAACCAUUCGGACAGUCUUUGUUCGAAAUGGCGCAGCCACUACCCUCAAUCCAACUGGAGCAUUACAUGAGCCCCUCGCUUGGAACACAACUCUACCAGACCUGUUCAAGUUCGCGUAUUUUGCGCGCACAGAAGAUGUUCCUGUUGAACUGAUGGACCCAGUAAUUUGGGCAUUGGGGAUGUUCAUACGCGCCUUGCUCGAAGGAACGGAGUCUCAACUGCGCGCAAUGGGCCAUAUCUUGCCGCACCAAAAGGCUGAAGAUGCAUUGUACUUCAUGACAGCCAACGCGCGUUUCAAACUGAUUGAGCACCUCCUGAGCCCCUUUAUCGACCGACCUGACGAUGCAAUUCCUCAUCUGAAGGUCGCGUUAGAACAGGAUAACGCCCGUCGCGGCGAAGUGAACGAUAAGACCGAUCCCUAUCAAUCAAACCCGAUGCUCUACGUUUUGUAUACGGACGCGCUGGUCUUCAGCAACCAAUUUGAUAAGCAUACAAGAGAUGAAUUGAACAAAGUCCUGCAUGCCGUCCAGACGACAAAGCUCAGGAAAUCAGCGGACUUCUCAUUCAUCAUUCUGAAAGCCCGAAGUCACCUGGCCCUAGUGCUACAACAGAUGGGCUCAGACGAACAAGAACAAAAAGAGCAUGUCGAAUAUUGCGCAAAGUUCCUCCGUAAAAAUCCCAAGCUGGUCCCAGAACGCUCCCUACUGCAACUUUUGUUCCGACGGGACCAGCCCAUUCAUCCCGUGCUCGAACUCCUUGGCGGGUUAUCUUGGCUGAAGGGUGUCAUAACUAGAGAAGGUCUGACAGCACGGAUGGAAGAACGCCAAACGAAAGCUUGUCGAUAUUGUGGCGGGCGAGAACCUCAGGUGACGUUAUUCAGAUGUUCUGGAUGCAAGCACAUUUACUACUGCUCGAAGGAAUGUCAGAAAACAAAUUGGAAAGUACAUAAGGAAGCGUGCAAAGAGGCAGCCGCGGCGAAGGUGAGAGCAGCCGAACUGAUGUCCUUUGACCCUGAAGCUGGCCAAAAGGCGACAGACUGGAUCAAAUUCAGAGAAAGUCCAAUUCCGGCCAAUAACACCCUUCUCGCGCAUGCUCUCGGUCUUUAUCGUGACCCUUCUCGCGGUCAUACACACAUCGUAUUCAGAGAAGUCGAGUACCGACCCAAAGCAUCGAAAGACUUCCGAUUCAGGUUCCAUGCAAAGAGAGCCGGAGUAUUCAAGAUCGAAGACGUGAUGAUGGAAAUUGAGAGGAUGAUGGGCUUGAAUCCUGGUGAGGGACCAAAAUAUGUACGUGAAAUUUUGGAGGAUCUCGAUGCUACGAAUCCAAGACUGGAGAAGGCUCCCAUCUUGAAUAUAAGUUUUGGAGAUGGGAUUCAGACGUGGCUCGGAUCCGCCGCUAUCUCGGUCUACUCAUUACGCAUGACUCCGCAUAACCCGAGAUGGAGAGAGUCCAUGAACCUUGGCGAACCACCAGAGCCCUUGCUACUCAAGAGUGGUGCGCAAGAUGUAGAACAUGUUUUCUAGAAAUCCCGCUAUGUAAGCGUACAUUUUGUAUCAUAGUCAAGCUGAGUGUUGUAUAUUCUUGGUGACCUUCGAUAAUUAUAUGCCUGUCCACGCCCUUUAUGAUUCUGCGGAAACCUUUGAAUUUCGCGGUAUGGUAAUAAUACGGGAGGAGGAAG